GCUAUCAAAAAGUAAAGUGUGUUUGCAUUUAUAGCCAAUUUAUUACCAAUGAACAUAUGGUCUGUAUUUUGUCUAACGUCAUAAUCGGGAAGAGCAAACAGCGGGCAAUCUGAGAGUGUGGAGAGACACUGCCACUCGCCUACUGUGUAAACGCACUUGGACAAUAUUAAGAGUGGAUCAUUUUUUGUGAGUCCCUGGGUAUAUAAAGCGCAUCAGUCUUAUCUGUGCACGCACUCCUGACUUUCCAUUUGGAGAUACUUCAACGACAUCCGAGCAUUAAAAAAAACAACAAAACUGGCUGCAUCAGUCACUCCUCUCCAGCUUUUGACAGCGGAUUGAAAGGGGGGGAAAAAGCUGGUGCCGCAACUUUUCCUGCAUAAAUUUGGCCAGAAUAUGUCGCUGACCAACACAAAGACGGGCUUCUCAGUAAAGGACAUCUUGGACCUCCCUGACACCAAUGAUGAGGACGGCUCGGCGGCCGAGGCGACGGAGGAAGACGGGGAGGCUUCGGAAACAGCCAAAACUUCAGGGUUUGCCCGGCAAAGUCCGCUGGAAACUGUACAGAGGCUUCCUCUGAAGAACCCCUUUUACGAUAGCGCCGAUAAUCCGUACACCCGGUGGUUGGCUACAACUGAGAGCAUCCAGUAUUCCUUGCACGGGAUUUCAACUAACAGCUCCCAACAGCAGAACUCCUCGAGUAAAUCUUCGGAGCCUUCCGCGGACGAGUCGCAGGAUAACGCAACGGAAACGUCCAGCAACGGCAGCGAGUCGGGGAAGAAGAGGAAACGGAGGGUUCUGUUUUCCAAGGCUCAGACUUAUGAACUAGAGAGGCGUUUCAGGCAACAGAGAUACCUGUCUGCGCCCGAGAGGGAGCACCUCGCCAGCUUGAUCAGACUCACGCCCACCCAGGUCAAGAUCUGGUUCCAGAACCACAGGUAUAAGAUGAAGCGGGCCAGGGCCGAGAAAGGUAUGGACGUGAACCCUCUCCCCUCACCGAGAAGAGUGGCCGUGCCAGUUCUAGUGAGGGACGGCAAGCCUUGUCACGCUAGUAUGGUGACGAACGCUCUCAAAAGCCAGGACUUGGCCGCGGCCACCUUCCAGACCAGCAUCGCCUUCCCAGCCUAUACCACACAGUCCCUCCAACACAUGCAGUAUAACUCCCAUUUCAGCUCUGCCAGUAAUCCCCAGUAUCACACACACCCGCUGGUGCAGAGUCAGCAAUGGACUUGGUGAACCGUUGUAUAAGACUGCUUGAGAACUGGGCAAUAUCUAUAUAUAUUAAAUAAUUAUAUAGUAUAUAUGUAUGUGUGUGCAUGUGUGUGUGUAUGUACAUAUAUACAUAUAUACCGGCACAACAUACGUUUGGAACUGUGAUUGAGCUGAGCUUUUUGUCGCCGUCUGUUUACAAACUAUAUAUUGACUAUAAAACCGGUUCUCGACGUGUUUAGAACUGCGAAUUCAGCGCUCUUGUGACUUGUAAAGUAUGUCUUUGUGUUGUAGGAAUGUUUUCUCGUCACUUACAUUUGUUGUAUAAAAGACAAGCGAGUACAAAAAAAAACUUUUGAAAUCAUGGAGAAAUUUUUAUUUCACAUUCCCAUUUUUAUAUAAAACUUGAAAUAUUUAUGGGCCUUUGUAAUUGAAAUGCGCGA